AUGCCUCUGAAAAAGAAAAAGACAUUCCAUACAGAGAUUGAAUCACUGAAAAAACAACUUGCUUCUAUCAAUGAUGAAUUGAAGAAAGAGAAAGAGGCUCAUCAAAAGCAAACUGGAGAAUCUGAAAGCCUGAAAAAGGAAGUCACAGAAUUGAAAACAAAACUCGAGUCCAAGACAUCUCAAGCAGCAGAAAAGGAAAAGUCUCUCACUACUGAGAUCGAAUCACUUAAAAAGCAAUUAGAUGAGAAAUCACAAGAAUUGAAAAAGGAAAAGGAGUUGCAAAGUAAACAAGCAGGUGAAGUUGCAGAAAGUUUAAGAAAAGAAGUUGAAGAAUUGAAGACCAAAUUGCAAACACAAACAAAUGAAUCUGCAGAAAAAGAGAAAACUCUCAACACGGAAAUUGACAAUUUGAAAAAGCAAUUAGAGACUUCCAAAAACAGCUCGUCGGAUUCCCUCAAAGAAAAAGAACAAGUUGAAAAACAACUCAAAGAAAAAAUUGCAACUCUCGAGAAGGAUCAUGCUCAAACCAAACAAAAUUUGGAGUCCAUGAUCAAGAUCGAACAGCAAAAUGCAGAAGAGGCGACCACUAACUCAAAGAAGGCCUUAGAAAAAUCUAACAACAAGAUCAAAGACCUCGAAAAUGAAAUCACAAAACUCAAAUCUUCACUCGACGAAGCCAACGAAACUGCUCAACAAAAGAAGUCUCAAAUUUUGACACUUGAAAAUGAGAAGGAUCUCGCAAACAAACAAAACGAAAGUCUCAAAAAGCAAAUCGAGCAAAAGGAAAAGGAGAUUUCCGAACUCAUUAAUUCAAAAUCGGGCGAGUCCAAUGAAGUUAAGAAGCAAUACGAGAAAGUCACCGAACUCCAAAAGAAGGUCAACGAUUUCGAGCAAUCGGUGCUGAAAUUAGAAAAGGAGAAAUCCUUACUUACCCAACAAAAAACUUCGACAGAAGAACAACUCAAGUCCACCAAAGACGAACUUCAGAACAUUAAGAAGCAAUUAACAGAAACCAACAAGAAUCUUGAGCAAACUAAAUUCGACACGCAACAACAAGACAUCAAAGUUAAAGAUCUCACUAAAAAACUUGAAGAUUCUCAGAAGGAAAUCGAAAGGUUGAAACAAGAAUUGAAGAAAGCUGAGGAGAGCUCGAAACAAACAAGUAACUCUUCUUCCCAAAAGGUAGCAGAUUUGGAAAAAGAGGUUUACAAUGUAAAGCAAGAACGAGACAAGUUGGCAACCAAAGUUUCAGAGCUCGAAAAACAAGCUAGCGAAGUGAAUACGCUCAAUGAAAAGCUUAAAACUCUCGAGCGCAAAUAUAACAAUGAGGUGGAUCAAAAGAAAAAUCUCAACACUCAAAUCAAAACACUCAAGACAGAAAACGACAAUGCUAACGAGCAAGUUUCUAAAUUAAACAAGAUGCUCAUGGAAAAGGAUCAAGAAAUUGCAAAUCUUCAAAGCAAAGUGUCAAAAACAGAGGCCAUCGAACAAGAGCUCAAACAGGUUAGAGUGGAAAAGAAGCAACUCAAUCUUGAACUUCAAAAGAAAACGGAAGACGUCAAGACUUUGAACAAGAGAUUGUAUCAACUACAGAGCAGUAUUGAAUCUGGUACUGCCGUUGCUGAUUUACAAAAACUUGAAACAAAAGCAAAAACAUCUGUAUUAUUGGGAUCAAACCUCAAUGACAAACAAAGAAUGUUCCUUGAUCCUAUUGGUAGCGUGAAGAGAUCCGUUCUUGCAGUCAUUGAAUACUUUGACGAAAAUGUGGAACUUGAGGGGGGAGAUCUUGAGAAAAUUGGAGAUGUGGAACACUCACGAACUCUCAGAAAAAUACUUAACGAAAGAUUAUGUGAAUCUCUUGUUCUAGUUUUCAAUAACUCAUUUUCACCUCCAUUCUGGUUCUUCUCCACUCCAACUAUUUGGCACUUUGUGGAAGAGGUUAACGAUCAAUUAUCAAAAACGUCAACACUCCCAUCUUCUGUUCAGGUAGCAUCCAAACAACUUUCCAAAAUUGUACUCAAGGUAAAUCAGACUAUCCUUGCCAUGAUUGAAAAAGAAAAACUUGAGAAGGGUGUUCCUCUAAAAGGAAAGAAUUACUUUGAUUUACCAUAUGACGAAUUUGAAUUGAGAUUCAGGACACUUGUCCUUGAAUGUUUGAAUAGCAAAUGCUUGGAUGUUGUGAUCAGUGUUAUUUUCACACAAACUCGAGUACUUGAAAGGUACUACAAGGAGGAUGCAUUUGUGAGAAAGCCAGAUUGCCAACAAAAACUUGUGACAUGUGUCAAAUGGUUGAGCAAGCUUCCUUUCACAAUUCCUCUCAAUACUGCCACGUUUGUUGAGACCGAUAAUGCAUUGGACGAUGAUGAUGAUACAUCAACGACCAACAAUUUAAUGAUCACAAAUGGCAACGGCAACGGAGCUAUUGAUAUGAACGGAUAUGAGGAAUAA